CCGCCAUGUCUGUAAUCACCAGCAGACGAUCGCUGAGCCUGUGCCCAUCCAGCAGUCGUAUACAAGGGCCGUAUACCGCAAGGAUCUUCAUCGCACCAUCUACCAGACGGCAUACCGGACGAUUUUCAAAAUGCAGAUCCGUUAUGACAACGUCACAGGUUGCUGUCCAGGCUGGGAGAAGAAAUCCCCCAGAGAUCCCGGCUGUAAUAAACCCGUUUGCGAUGAGGAGUGUGAGAACGACGGCCAGUGCGUGGGACCAGGUAUAUGUAUAUGUAAUGAAGGGUAUACAGGCUACAAGUGUCACAUAGACAUCGACGAGUGCUCCGGACGUAACACCUGCCAGCAGAAGUGCACCAACUUGCCAGGAAGUUACGAAUGUUCUUGCCAGGACGGCUUCACACUUGCUGAUGACGAGUACACCUGUGAUUUCAGCGACAUGAAGGAGACCUUGGUCCAAAUGUCAAGUCGUAUACAACAGUUGGAGUCUGAUAAGGCAACGUUACAGAGCAACUUGUCCCAUGCGGUGGCCCAGUAUGAAAACACCAUCAGUGCCUUUAAAGCUAAAGAAGUGGUCACCAAGGAGCAGACGACUACUGACCCCUACGAAACUGACCAGCAGAUUCCUUUAGACAGAUUAGUCUCCCUCAGUGAACAGAUUUCUAUACUGGAGGAGAGGAUGGCUGACUGUGCCUGCGGCCAGGACUACCCACACGGUUAA